UCAAAACUUUUUUAAGCGAAUUUCAAAUCUCCCACAACACGCGGAUUGAUCACAAAACAUAUCUCAUAAAAAGCGAUGACAGCCAUUUGAUCACCGCGAUUUUUCUCUCGUGUUGUGGCCACCUUGACUUUGUGUUGUCAGCGCAUUUCAACAGACGUAUGCAUGUGUAUGUUAUAAUGCACGCAUGUGCACACGUGUAUCACGGUUCUCAGACCGCGUUCACAUCGUUCAUUCCCGAUGAAAUCGUAAGAGGCGUUGAUCGCCGGUGGAAAAUAGAGAGGAAAAAGAUACCAAUGAUAUUCGUCCUUGAUUAUACAUAUCGAGUUAUCUCCUAUUCUUCCAUUGUUACAGGCGUGUUGUAUGUAUGUAUGUAUCAGACGAGCUCUCUCCUCUCUUGAAUCUCGCGCGGCGAAGCACGCGUCAUCGCCCGUGUUGUCAUCUUCCGAAUUGUAUAAAAAAUUUCGUCAGAGCAGACAGAGAGCGAACGAACAUCAAAGGAAGAAGAACGCGCUUCGUCAAAUGUCUCGCCGACGAAGUGGUUAGAUAUUGAAGAGCAGAGAGAGAUAGAGAGAGAGAAAAGGAAAGACAGAUAGAUAGAAUUGGAGCCAGCUGGUUUUGCGAGCAGCCCGUCGCGGGCCCGUCGCGUACGCUGAGAAAGCAUCGUCUGCGAGGAGUGUCGAAGUGUCGUGAAGUGAUAAUAUCGCUCGGGGAGUCCAGCGGCGGACAUCGCACACCGAGCUAUCAAUCGCGCGCGCGACAACAAUGGCAAAGACGUACGAUUAUUUAUUCAAGUUGCUCCUAAUCGGCGACUCCGGCGUAGGCAAGACUUGCGUGCUGUUCCGAUUCUCCGAGGACGCGUUCAACACGACCUUCAUCUCCACCAUCGGCAUUGACUUUAAGAUUCGUACCAUCGAAUUAGACGGCAAGAAAAUUAAACUACAAAUAUGGGACACUGCUGGACAAGAAAGGUUUCGUACCAUAACCACAGCGUACUAUCGUGGAGCAAUGGGAAUUAUGUUGGUGUAUGAUGUUACAAAUGACAAAAGUUUUGAGAACAUUAAAAAUUGGAUUCGAAAUAUAGAGGAAAACGCAUCUGCAGAUGUGGAAAAAAUGUUAUUAGGUAAUAAGUGUGAGCUUACAGACAAAAGGCAAGUGACUAAGGAAAGAGGUGAACAACUAGCUGUCGAAUAUGGCAUUAAAUUUAUGGAAACCUCUGCAAAAUCUAGUAUCAAUGUUGAAGAAGCUUUUUAUACUUUGGCACGUGAUAUCAAAGCAAAAAUGGAGAAAAAAUUGGAAGCGUCGAAUCCACCGAAAGGCGGCGGUCAUCAGUUGAAAGCUUCAGAACCACAAAGGAAACCACCUAGUUGGCUCGCUCGUUGUACUAUACUCUGACCCUUUAAAUAUUUUCAAUUAUUCAGUGAGAAGACACAUCUAUUUACAAUCAUUAAAUACUUAUGUUCAUUUUGUCGAACAAAACCAAUGUUUUGUGGAACUUUUUAUGUCCCCAGUAUUGGGUUUAGCAAUGGGCUUACUCCUUGACAAUGAAACAAUCACAUUUGUAUUAAAAACUCAAAAAUUACUUACAUGAAUGUAUUUUUUGCCGAAAAAACCCUCAGAGGAGAAAAUAUAUGUUAGAAUUUUGUAUUUUAUUAUAUAUAAGAAAAAGAGGGUACACAUUUUAAUGAAACUAUUACAAUUGCUAUGUACUCUUCAAUUCGUUAAUUACUAUAAUUAAGUGGAUUUAUAUAUAGGUGAUAAUUUUUGUGAUAAAUAUAUCGAUUGAGAUUUAAUUGUCUUAUAUCUUAUCAUAUUACUUCGAAAAUUUAUGAUAUAAUUAUUAAAUUACAAUUAAAAAUUACUACAUGUGAUAUAUUAAUAAACACACAAUGAAUUUCUCCUCUGGUGUUUUUACACAUUCGAUGGGUAUAAUCACAAUUUUUUUAUCAAAAAAACUUGAAUAUAAAGUGUAUCUUAAUUUUAUGGCAAUGGGAUGAACAUUUUUUAUGCACGAAAUUCUGUAUUGUUUCAAGAUAAUUUACAUCGUGUGUGUUUUUUGAAGGAUCAUGUUUGUAAGAAUAUAUAUAGAAACAUACAUCACACAAACACACACUAUGCAACAUCACAUAGAACGACUAAAAAUUAAAAAAAAAAAUAAAUAAGAUUAAGCAGUAUAGAUAUCACAAUCGUUUUUAUACUGUUAUUAAGCAGAUAUAGCUUUUUCACAAAAUUAACGGAAAAACAUAAAAUGUACUAGAGCAUUAACUGAUGAUGUAAUUAAAAUGCCUUGUGACGAAUUGAACAAGAA